UAUUUAAGGACAUCACGUACAGCUUCAUUUCCACACAAAAUCACAAAGCUAUAGAGCUCAAGUUAACUUACAAUGGUUUCCACGACCAUAAAAUUUGCGCUUUUCUCUGCGCUGACACUCCUCUCUUUACAAGCCGUAGUUUCUGUUACUCCAUUACACUUUCAACACCCUCUUGACCCUUUAACCAAAGAAGAGUAUUCCCUUGUUCAAAAAAUAGUCCUACACAAAUAUCCCAAAGUAGCUUUCCACUACAUUGGCUUAGAUGACCCUGAAAAAGAUGCUAUUCUCAAAUGGGAAUCUUUCAAACCAAGUGUUAUAACUAUACCACGUAAAGUCUCUGUCAUUGCUAUCAUCAAUGGCCAAAGCCAUGAGAUAUUAAUUGAUUUAAGGUUAAAGAGCAUUGUCUCUGACACAAUUUACACUGGAAAUGGUUUCCCAACACUUUCGGUUGAUGAACAAACCAUUGCGAUAGAGCUACCAUUAAAAUAUCCUCCUUUUAUUGCCUCAGUUCAAAAAAGAGGUUUGAAUCUCUCUGAGGUAAUAUGUUCUACUUUCACUAUGGGAUGGUUUGGAGAAGAAAAGAGUACUAGAACUGCAAGAUUAGAUUGUUUCAUGAAAGAGACCACUGUGAACAUUUAUGUGAGGCCUAUUACUGGAAUCACAAUUGUUGUUGAUCUUGGACUUAUGAAGAUUGUUGAGUAUCAUGAUAGAAAUGUUGAAGAAGUGCCUACUGCUGAGAACACUGAAUAUCAACUUUCAAAACAGAGUCCACCAUUUGGACCAAAACAACAUAGUCUUGCAAGUCAUCAACCUCAAGGUCCUGGUUUCCAGAUCAAUGGCCACAGUGUUAGUUGGGCGAAUUGGAAGUUUCAUAUAGGAUUUGACGCGCGGGCUGGGGUGAUAAUAUCAUUGGCUUCAAUUUACGAUCUAGAGAAGCACAAGUCUCGUCGUGUACUAUACAAAGGGUACAUUUCCGAACUUUUUGUGCCAUAUCAAGAUCCAACAGAGGAGUUUUACUUUAAGACUUUCUUUGAUGCCGGCGAAUAUGGAUUUGGUCUAUCGACAGUGUCUUUAAUACCCAAUCGUGAUUGCCCACCAAAUGCUCAAUUCAUUGAUACAUACAUUCACUCAGCUGAUGGUACACCAAUUCUCUUGAAGAAUGCUAUUUGUGUUUUUGAACAAUAUAACAGUAUCAUGUGGCGUCACACUGAAACUGGCAUUCCUAAUGAAUUCAUCGAGGAAUCUAGAACUGAAGUUAACUUGAUAGUAAGGAGUGUAGUCACUGUGGGCAACUAUGACAACAUAGUAGAUUGGGAAUUCAAAGCAAGUGGUUCCAUUAAGCCUGCGAUAGCAUUAUCGGGUAUACUUGAAAUUAAGGGCACCAACAUUAAGCACAAGGAUGAGAUUAAAGAAGAUCUACAUGGUAUAUUGGUCUCAGAAAACAGCAUUGGUAUUUACCAUGAUCAUUUCUACAUUUACUACCUUGACCUUGAUAUCGAUGGUACACACAAUUCAUUUGAGAAAACAAGUUUGAAAACGGUAAGAAUCACAGAUGGAAGUUCAAAGAGAAAAAGUUAUUGGACCACUGAGACUGAAACUGCUAAGACUGAAUCAGAUGCAAAAAUCACACUUGGGCUUGCCCCAGGUGAACUUGCAAUAGUUAAUCCAAACAAAAAAACAGCAGUUGGAAAUGAAGUUGGGUACCGUUUGAUUCCAGCAAUUCCAGCUCAUCCACUUUUAGUUGAAGAUGAUUAUCCACAAAUACGUGGUGCUUUUACUAAUUAUAAUGUUUGGGUGACACCUUAUAAUAGAACUGAAAAAUGGGCUGGUGGACUCUUUGUUGAUCAUAGUCGUGGAGAAGACACAUUAGCUGUUUGGACAAAAAAGAAUAGAGACAUUGUGAACAAGGACAUUGUAAUGUGGCAUGUAGUUGGAAUUCAUCAUGUUCCAGCACAAGAAGAUUUCCCAAUAAUGCCAUUAUUAAGCACUGCAUUUGAGUUGAGGCCAACUAAUUUCUUUGAUAGGAAUCCAGUUCUUAAAACACUUUCUCCAAGAGAUGUUGUAGGUUGCCCCAAGUAAAUCAACUAGCCUAUAAGCUGUUGAUCAUUUGCAUUAGUGUGUGUUGCAAUUGUUAAACCGUAUUGUUGUUUGGAAGGAGUGAUUUAAGUUGUUUUUGUUUAUUGCUUGUGUGACAAUAAUGAUUAAUGAUAUGUUAUAUCAUAUUAUCAUGUGUAUUUGCCAGCAAUUCCUAAUAUAAAUGAAGAUUUACUUGCAAA